CCCUCAGCCCAUCCCGAACUCAAGUGCGACAUCAGUCCACUCCAGAGAACGCUGGAGUUCGUAAAUUUUGUCACCAAAAAUUACUAGAUUUAUGCAUAAUUCGCUUUAGUUUAAUUAAGUACUAACCCACAGACAUGAAGAUUUUUACAUUAAUCUGUUGCAUUUCGGUGCAAAUUCUUCUCGUUUCGUCGUCUAACAUUAGUCGAUUUAAUGUAUCAAAUCUAACACAUUUUGACAAAGAAGCCGCAAGUGAACUCGUAAAGUUUCUAGAACCAUACAAGACCGACAUCCAAAAAUGGUUUUGGGAAAUCUCUGGCACCUCCUACAACUCGCCGCACUUCAAAAACGACCCCGGGAAAAUUGGAACUUUGGCUGACUACAUAACUUGCGAGAUAUGCGUCCCCGCCCUGCCCCUGGUAAAACUGUUAGUACAAUUUGGCGUCCAACCGGUGGAUAUUAUAGGUGUCCUUACCAUUGCCUGUCAAGUCCUAAAUUUGGCACCAAAACCUGAAAUUUGCGAGCCAACAAUUAGCUCCUAUGCGACACCAAUCCUGUACAUGAUCGAAAAUAAGCCAGAAAUCCCAGACGACGACUUUUGUGGCAUAAUAAAUCCAGGCUGUCGAACAAUUAGCCCCCAUUUACGGGACUGGACGGUUGACAUAUCCCCACCGAAUGGGAAAAAGACAAGAAAAACUUUACCUAAGGAUGGGCUUCCAGCACAAACCGAGCUCACCAAGAUCCUCCAAUUUACCGACCUUCACUUGGACCUCGACUACGUUCCUGGAAUGGACGCUGCGUGUGGAUUACCCGUGUGUUGUCGAGCAACCGAUGGGACCCCAACCAAUCCUGGUAAUGCAGCAGGAAAAUGGGGUCAUUUCUCCUGUGCGUUACCAGAACCUGCAUUGAAAGGAAUGUAUGAACACGCUGCAAACACACAUUCGGACGUCAAAUUCAUCUUCCUCACCGGGGACUAUAUCCAUUCUGGCAUUUGGUUAUACGGCGUUGACGAAAACACCCGACACCACGUCGCCAUAACGACCUGGCUGCAGUCAGCGUUUGAGUCCAUCGGCCCAGAAAUCUACCCUCUCGUCGGCAACCACGAACCCGACGUGGUUAAUAUGUAUCCCCCCGAGGAGACAUGGGCGGAUUUCCCUCUCCGCUGGAUGUACCACUCUGUCGCCGAUGCAUUCGGCGACUUUUUACCAGCAGAUCAGAUGGAACUCUUUUUAAAAUAUGGAUACUACACGGUCAUAUCGAAAGCUGAUCCAAACCUUCGGAUCAUCGCGCUUAACACGAAUUUAUGCUACAUUAACAACUUUUGGCUCCCAUAUAACGCGACCGACACGUCCGGACAACUCCAAUGGUUCGCUGAUCGGCUACAAGAGGCAGAAGAUGCUGGUCAAGCGGUGUUUUUGCUGGGGCACAUCUUCCCAGGGUCGGGGUCAUGUUGGCCGGUUUGGUCACGCCAGUUUGAGCGGAUCAUUCAAAGAUAUUCUGAUACGAUCCGGGCUCAGUGGUACGGUCAUUCGCACGAGCAGGACUACCAUCUCGCAUUUAGUGAGGAUGAUAACCCCGUCAGUUUGGGUUUUAUUGGCGGCAGUGGAGUGACCGAUGGAAUGCAUUCAGGGUACAACGUUUUCUACGCGGAUGGCGAGCGUGGCGCAGAUUCGACCUGGGAAAUCAUAAAUCAUCAGACUUUCGUGCUCAAUUUGACUCAUUCGAACGCACAACCGGUCGAGGCAGCACCAACUUUCAAUAUGAUUUUAGAUGCACAGGAAAUGUGGGGGGUCACAAGCCUGACGGCGGAAACGGUGCACGACUUUAUUUACAGGAUGGUAUGCGAUGACGCGCUAUUCUUGGAAUACCAAAAGGUGGUCACUAAAGGGGCCGACUCGCCAAGAUUUAACCCCUGUCCUAAAAACGACUACAGAUGCAAGGCGAAUGUGCUGGGGAGUUUGUUCGUGUCAAAUUCUGGCGACCACUCCCACCGGAACAGGUUGUCAGAUUAUAUCUUGACGGUAGACUGCACUGAUCAGAAUCCAACAACCACGACCGCAGGAAGUGGUGAAAAAUCUGUCUACGUUCCCCUCUUGGUAGCCAUUCUUAUCAAGCUUGCCUUUGCAUAAUUAAACCAUAAAUCCUAACUUAAUUUAAGUACUUUAUGAACAAUUAAUUCCUGAUAAUAAAUAAUUCUCCAACUCGAUCAA